CGGACGGCGACACGGCCGCUGCGACACCGCGUGAGCGGCCGCUGCUGUGCGUGCGCCUCCUGCGUGUGGCAGUAGCGUGGCAGUUGGCCACCGAGGAGCCUGCGCCUGCAGUGGACUGGACCCUCCCUUGCCGCAGCUCCGCUGGUGGAGUGGACGCUCGGCUACUCCCCCCCGCGGCCCCCGUUCUACUCCUCCAAGGAGGCAAGAAGCUGCAAAGUUCACCCACCCUGCCCAUCGCGUCGUUUCUAUCCUCCCCCAAAUCCGCCAAUUCUCCGUGAGGAAAGCAGGGCCUUCGCGCCCGAUUCCGUGUCGCCUCGCCGAUCCAUCCGCAGCAGGUGUGUCCUCUCGCGCCAAUUUCCGCAGGUGCGCGGCUCGCCGGUUGGAGUCGACCGGAUCCUACUGCGGUUGGGACUCUCGUUCCGAGCUGGUUCGCGUUCGUGCGGAUCGGUUCGAUGGGGAUGGGACAAGGCUGCGUGGGGAUCAGGAGUGUUUGGGUGCCUGGGAGCUGAGAGCUGCCGGUGGCACUGGAGAGGAUUAGGGUUUGGUUGAAGAGGGGCGAAGGAAAUGGGGGGUCUUUGCUCCAAGGGCUCGGCGGUGGACAAGUCGCCCAGCGACACCACUCUCGGCCCCGGCCGGGUGGUCGACCACCAUGACCGUCUGGUGGUGAAGGAGGAGAAGAAGGCUGUGGUGGGGGAGGCUGCUGCCAAGAGGAUGCAAGAAGAGCAACACCAGUGGCAGCAGCAGCAGCAGCCGCCGCUGCCGCCACAGUCUGUAUCAGUGUCACAAACUUCAGUGCCUGGAGUGUCUGCAGAUUCCUCCGCAGCACCAUGGGAUGGGGUGCCACAGCUGGCGCGGUUGCCAUCGCAGAAGUCAGGGAUAGGUGUGGCAAAAGCUACGGCUAAGGUGUCAGAAGUAAGCUCAAUUCUAGGUAGAGCUAGUACUGCUGGCCUUGGGAAAGCAGUGGACGUGCUAGAUACACUUGGCAGCAGCAUGACAAAUUUGAAUAUAAGUGGUUUUGGAUCAGGCACUACAACUAAAGGCAACAAAAUAUCUAUUUUAGCAUUUGAGGUUGCCAAUACCAUUGUCAAAGGUUGCAAUCUGAUGCGUGCCCUUUCAAAAGACAGCAUAAAGCAUUUAAAAGAAACUGUGCUUCACUCAGAAGGUGUUCAGAAUCUUAUAUCCAAAGAUAUGGAUGAAUUACUCAAGAUUGCUGCUGCUGACAAAAGGGAAGAAUUGAAAGUGUUUUCUACAGAAGUUGUUCGCUUUGGAAAUCGUUGCAAGGAUCCUCAGUGGCACAACUUGGACCGCUAUUUUGAUAAGCUGGCAUCAGAACGGACUCCUCAACAUCACUUGAAAGAAGAGGCAGAAUCAGUAAUGCAGCAAUUGGUGACUUGUGUUCAGUUUACAGCUGAAUUAUACCACGAAAUGCAUGCCUUGGAUAGAUUUGAACAAGAUUAUCAGCGUAAACAUCAAGAAGAGGAUGGCUCAAGUGUUGUGCAAAGAGGUGAUAACCUGCACAUACUAAAGCAGGAAGUGAAAAGCCAACGAAAGCAUGUUAAAAGUUUGAGGAAAAAAUCUCUGUGGUCCAAAAAUCUGGAAGAGGUCAUGGGAAAGCUUGUGGACAUUGUGCACUUCUUACAUUUGGAGAUCCAUAGUGCCUUUGGGCGUUCAGACAAUGAGGAAUCGCAGGAACCUACCAAACGACGUAAUAGAUUGGGUCCAGCAGGCCUGGCCCUGCAUUAUGCCAAUAUCAUCAGUCAAAUAGAUACUCUUGUUUCUCGAUCAAGUUCUAUUCCUCCAAACACAAGAGAUGCGUUAUAUCAAAGUUUGCCACCUACAAUAAAGUCAUCUCUCCGUUCUAAGCUACACUCGUUUGGAGUCAAGGAAGAGCUUACUGUUUCUCAAAUCAAGGCUGAAAUGGAGAAGACCCUGCGGUGGCUUGUCCCUAUUGCAUCUAACACCACCAAGGCUCACCAUGGCUUCGGAUGGGUUGGAGAGUGGGCAAAUACAGGGUCAGAUGUGAACUGCAAGCCAACAGGGCAGAUGGACCUGACCCGGAUUGAGACACUGUACCAUGCUGACAAGGACAAGACUGAAGCAUAUAUCCUUGAGCUUGUUUUGUGGCUUCAUCAUCUUAUCAGUCAGUCCAAAACUGCUAAUGGGGAGAGGUCUCCAAUCAAGUCUCCUGUCCGGUCUCCUACGCAAAGGGGGGCCUCAAUCACAUUGUCACCAAACAAAACCAGCAGCAAUUCAUCACCUCUCCUGACGCAAGAAGAUCAAGAUAUGCUAAGGGAUGUCAAGUACAGAAAAUUCAUCCCUGGUAUAAGCAAAAGCCAGGAGUUUGACACUAAGGCAAGGCAUAACAAGCAAAGUAGGUUAAGUAAAAGUAACAGCCAUUCACCAAGCAGUGGCAACAGGAAAGAGUUGCUAUCAAUCAGGAGGCUGCUUCCUGUGAUCGACUUUGAGAUCGACCGGACAAAAGCCCUUGAUAUGAUCGAUAGAGUUGACAAUCUAAGAGUAAAAUGA